AUGGAUGGAUGGUCGAGUGAAAAUGCACGAUCUCGUUAUGAAUACAAUGUAUUCCAGGAAUUUUUGAACGCUGAUGGACAGGGUAUCUUCGUAAUUAUGAUACUGAGAGCUCAAGAUAAUCAGUCCAUGAUUCGUAUGGAAUAUAUGACGGAAACCAUAGAGAUUCUCGAAUUCGUCUCAUCCCAGUUUCCAAUGUACGAUGCAGAUCUUGGUAGAAAUCAAUCCUACAACGAGUUCUGUAGAGGAUUCUGUAAGGCAAAUGAGCCUGUAAGAAUGUUCUAUAAUGGGCUACGAAUUUCUGAAGGGAACGUUAGCGAUGAGCUUCAACAACGAGUCAAUCUCUCCUAUCCAACUUCGGAAAUGUUUUCAACGAAGUUUAGUCUGCUGCCGAAUUUCUUCGGUGUAGAGCUGGAAGAGGAUGGUCGGAGCAUCAGAAAUGUGUCUUUGAUUGCACUAUUGUUCCGAGCUGAGAGGCAUCCUUCUUGGACGGUUGACGCAGUAAAGCAAUGGGAACUGAACAUUCAAGACUACUUUUCGAGGUAUGUGAUUCUCUCAAUUACCGCAUGUGUCGUCCCAUUUAUGGCAUGUGGUACGGCUCUAGGAGCAAUAUUCCUUAUGGGUGUGACAUUUUCACCAAUUCUUCGAAUCACACCCUUCUUGGUGCUCGUAGAGACGGGUCCAGCUAUUGCAAUCUCUGCCUUUACAAAUACGUUGGCUUUUGCCAUUGGAUCGAUUUCCUCUCCCUUUGAAAUCCGUGUUUUCUGUAUAGGUAAUGCUGCCUGUAUAUUUAUGGAUAUGUUCUAUCAACUUACAUUUUAUGCGGCUAUGAUGGCAAUUUUUGCCGACUCGCCAAAGGAUCCCAGUGAGAAAGAGAAAUGCUCACGGCUCAAAGAAUUCACUCAGAGGCUUCUUCGAUGGUAUACAGGUGUUGUAGCCAACUUCAGGUUCUCAUUAAUGGUGGCACUUGUUUGGGUUUUAUUUGUAGCUGGAGCUAUAAUGGGCUCACUUUAUGUGACCGUGGACCUGUCGUCCCGCAAAACGUUCUUACCCGACUCCAAACUGCUUGAGAUUGACCGGAUCCGCAAUAAAUAUAUGGUUCCUUCAUACACUCCUGUAACAGUCGUGGUCAGCAAUCCGGGUAAUUUGUCAGAUGCAGAAAAUGUGCAAGGGCUUAUUGAAAUGAGGAACUCUUUCGAAAGCCUCCCUCAUGCUAUUGGACCUGAUAGCACCAAAUUUUUAGUGAGCGAUUACGUGAAAUACAAAGAAGCACUUCAAGCUGAGUUGGAAGAGGAUCCAAGUGCCGGAUCCCUUGAUGCAUUUCUUCAUUGGCCUGAAUACUCGUACUAUAAUGGUUUCAUUAAACGGAAAAAUUCCUCAGAGUCAGAUGAUGAGGUCGAGCAGUUCAUGUUCGUUACUGGCUAUCAGGGAGAUGAGUUGGUAUUAUGGAGCGAAAAACGCCGAAUGCUUAAGUUAUGGCGACAUGAAGUCGAUCGAUUCGCAGAACGUUUCAACGCGAGCGUUUACUCUGAGGACGGCUUCUUCAUCGAUCUACUGGAGGCAAUUCCAGUGAUUACAUGGCAAUCAGCUUUGGCGACGUUUGUUUGUGUUAUUAUCGUCUGUGCAUUGUUCAUCAACGAUCUGGCUACCAUAAUCUUCGUUUCGAUGUCGAUCUUUGCCACCUGCAUUGGAGUGUUCGGCUAUAUGUCAUUCUUUGGUGUGACACUUGAUCCGAUAGUAAUGUCCAUUUCCAUUAUGUGCAUCGGCUUCAGCGUCGACAUACCAGCUCACGUAUCGUUCCAUUUUCAUGCAUCACGCUGCUUUUUCAGACUGCAGCACACUCUCUGCUCUGUGGGAUUUCCAGUGAUCCAGGCAGGGGUAUCCACGGAUCUUUGUGCACUUCCAUUAGCAUUCGUGCCGUUAUAUAUGGCCCAGGUUUGUGUUUAUAGUCUUUUUACUACUUUUUAA